UUAGAGCUGAAGUUGUCUGAGCAAUACCAAUACUUUGGCUAAAAAAUAAUUUAAAAAAUCACCUAAAAAUCUGCUCUCAUAAGCGCGACAUGACAAGACCUGGACAACGUGUUUGGUUUUUUCCGAUAUUCCAGGCUGUGCGUGGAGGCACCACCGGUAACCUGUCCGUCGGGGUCCAGCUGCUCUGAGUGAAAAUGAUUCACAGGCUCCACCUGACGACACAGAGCAGCUCGAAGACUCUCGGUCUCCGCUGAUGGCAGCGAGGAGCAACGGUUCCAUGUCGGACCCGUCUGGAUGGAGGAGACUCUGAAACGACAGAGUAUCUGUGCAGCCCCUUGAUCCCACUGGUGAAGUUAGCCCGUUAUGUGUAGUCCUGACCCACAGAAUCCAGAGUCAGGGCCAUGGAGAGCAGUAUGUCGAACUCCUGCAACUACAGCCACAAUGUUACUUUCUUCUACGACUGGGUGGGCAAGAAGAUCAGCACGGUGUGGACGACGCGAGACUUUGUGGUGCUCGUACUGGGCCUGACGGUGUGUCUCAUUGUAGUUCUGGCUAAUCUGAUGGUGAUGGUCGCGAUCUUCAUGAACCGCCGCUUCCACUUCCCCAUCUACUAUCUCCUUGGCAACAUGGCGGCAGCUGACCUGUUUGCUGGCGUCGCCUAUGCCAACCUGAUGUUGAACACGGGCCCCUGGACCAGCACGCUCACCAAGGAGCAGUGGUACAUCCGCGGGGCCCUGAUUGACAUCAGCCUGACGGCCUCUGUGGCCAACCUGCUGGCCGUCGCCGUGGAGCGCCACCAGACCAUUCUCACCAUGCAGCUGCACAGCAAAAUGAGCAAGCGGCGGGUGGUGCUGCUCAUAGUUUGCAUCUGGGCCGUGGGCAUCAUCAUGGGCCUGGUGCCCUCGAUGCUCUGGAACUGCGAGUGCCACCUGGAGGACUGCUCCACCGUCGCUCCGCUUUACAGUCGCCGCUUCCUCAUCUUCUGGGCAGCUCUGAACCUGCUCACCUUCUUCAUCAUGGCUGCCAUAUACACUCGUAUCUUCGUCUACGUAAGAUACCAAAGCCGGUACGUGUCUCAGCACACCUCAGAGAUGCAGCAAAACCAGACUGUCUUCAAUCUGAUGAAAACUAUCUCCAUGGUUUUGGGCGCCUUUGUAAUCUGCUGGACACCAGGCCUCAUUACUCUGUUGCUGGACGGGCUCCUGGGUAAAAACAGCCACGCCAAUGACUAUGAGAAGUUCUGCUUGGUGAUAGCUGAGUGCAACUCUCUGGUCAAUCCAAUCAUCUAUUCCCUGCGAGACGAGGAUAUGCGGAAGACGUUCAGGCGGAUCCUGUGUUGCCUGUGUCGGACAGGUGAUGCUCAGCAGCGGGAGCCUUCACCUGUUGAGAUUGACUCACCUUUACCUGAGGAAACUGUUGGCAGUGCCCAGAAGCCAGAGGACCCGGCUUUGUGUAUGCAUCAAGACACCAACAAUAAAGAAGACAGUUGGACAAUGCACGGGAUGAUGUUGUCCGGAGUCUCCAUGAGGACUGACUUAUUCACAUCAUCAGAUGGUGCCAUCUCUCCUUUUAUUACAUUUGACUAUCACAAGAGCAUUUGUGACAAAUUAUAAAAUGAAACACUCUUAAAAUCUGAAAACAAAUACUGGGAGAAAAAAAAUCACACUAAAUCAUUUUUAUUAAUUUUCUAAUAAGAACACUACAAUUUGUCAUAUUCUUCCUUUUGUUUUACUCUUUCUAGAACAAUUCUAAAGUUGAGGUAUAAAAGGAGUUCAUACAGACUCACAAGUCUGAAAACAGUGGGGGUAUAUACAAGAGAAAUGGAAAGACAGAGGUAGAGAGAGGGGUAAAUACAAGGGAAAGAGGGGAGAUACAAAUAUACUAAUAAAAACAGAAAUCAAAAAAGGUUUAAGAAGAUGUUUGAUGCUGUGGAAGUCAUUUAGUCACUUGCAGAAGCCAAGCAGAUUUAAACAUAAUGGUCAAUAGAAAGUGAACUCAAAGUUCUGUAUUUUAGAAUUGCAGAUCUUUUGCAAAACUACAGGGGAGCACAUACGGUGUACACUAAUGUAAGUGUUUUUGCUGUAGUCAUUAUUUUCAAGCAGAGUGAGUACAGGAGUGGUGCAUGACGACUGGAGCCAAGUGCAAACCAUGCACUUAUUGUGAAAGUCUACCUCUUUUUCUUGUUUCAGGUUGUAACAUGAAUUGAACAAUUUAAGAUAAACUGUUUAGUUGUCAAAAUUAAUCUGAUUCACUUGCCACAAUACAGACAUCUGCACCUUCUACAUUUGGUUAUCAAUGGCUUAUAAAUGUAAAGGAUCCAAAGCUCAAAUUUAACAGUAUCUGUGUAACUUUGUUUUAAAAACUCCCUUUUAUCACUACAUAAACAGAAAUAUCUGAUUUGAUGUCAUUUUUGGAGCGGUUUUGAAAGAAGAUUUAGGACUAAAUUAGACCAAAGUAGGGGAAAACUUUAAGGAAGUGACUGUAUAUCUGAGGGAGUGUGGAAAAUGUUAAGAAAUGGCAGUGGAAUCGGAUGAGAAGGGCAAAAUACACUAGACAAUGUCAAUUGCAGAACCUCAACAGACUCAACAAUCUUUCCACAGCACCAAACGUGACACCUAAACCUUACAUUGCCACUCGGUUAUGUAACAAAAGACCUAAAUAAUAU